ACACACACACACACACACACAGUUUACAAGUCGUUUAGUAUUUUCUGAAAUUAAUCAAAACUGAAGCGAGUGCUGUAUAUUUUAACUCUAUUUACUGAUUUAUUUCGGUACUGUAAUGUCAUUAAUUCCCUUUUGAGUCUCUAUAUUGAGGCUGAUCGGCGGUCGCUGCUGCUUUAACUGCAGCUCCGUCACCGGGACUGGUUAGCAAGUCAGUUAGCUAGCCGGCUAACGCUAGUUAGCUCAGUGAUCCGAACUCAGAGAGCGAGAAAGCGAGUCCGAUCUGUUUGUCCUCAGAUUCGGGGAGGUAAAGUCCAAACACGGGUCUGAUCUGAACAUUUACCCCGACCUCACUGCGCUCUGCCUCAUCAGUUCGGCGCCGGUUUGCCGCGUUUUCCAGAAGGAAGUGCUGCUGCUAGCGGCGUUAGCACGGUUAGCUAACGCGACACCACAGCGCAGCUAAGCUAACGAGCUGAAGGGAACCAGAACUGAACCGAACCGACCCGGCGGCGAGACCAGCACACCCACAUUCACAGCCAAAACAAAGUCCUGUCCAUUUCCAGCGUCUUUUUGUCACUGUGGUGACAUUAAUACCGACCGAACUGGCUGUUCUGACACGCAGGCCGACUCGGGCUAACGACCUCACUGUGACAGGCUAACUACCCCGGCUAACGACACCGGCUAACUGUCCAGAAGUGACCAGACACACUUCACUCACAGCAAAACACCGAGCAAACACCAGACUAGACACUUAUAAACUACACAUACAAACAGGGCGCACAUAACCUAUAUAAACACAUUUGCUACGGGGCUAUACACAAACACAUGCUAGUAUAUAGUUUUUAUAGCUUUGUGUUUUAAAGAGAGCCGGAUUAUUUCAAUAUAAUGUUCUUCUCAAAGGCAACUUAAAAGGCCUUUUGCCUGAGAAUUUAAACUAGUGAACAUAAAUCUUCGCCAUUAAAAGUGUAAGAUUUACCAUAUAUACAUGCAUAGAUUUAGCUCUAGGAUUACUCCAGAUAAUAAUAUAUAAAGGUGGUUUUGAGGCUUUGCCAGAUUUAUCCCCCACAUAUUGACAGUGCCAAAGUCAGUGGAGCUGUCUCCAGGUAGAUGUUACAGCAGCCGGGUUCAAUAUUACAUUUAAAAUGUUUGUUGGGUAGAUUUUAUGUAUGACCUUAUGCCACUUUAAUUUAAUUUCAUUAGUGAUUAUCCAGAAAUUGUUCUUGUACUGAGUGGAUCCUCCUAACGUCAGGUGAGCUCCACUCUCUGCCAGGACCUCUGGGAUAACCUGAGGAGUCGUUUGCGACCCAGAACUGAUCAUCCAACAUCAGCAGCUGACCUCACUAAUUCUUCCGUGGCUGAGUGCAAUCAAAUCACAGCAAUGUUCCACAUAAAGUCUUCUCAGAAGAGUAAAGAAGAGAUAACGCUGCUCCUGGGUUGUAAGUCUGGAGGCGACAUCACCAACCAGGACGGCACCGGCGGAAAGUCCAUCUACGGGGGCAAGUUUGAGGACGAGAACUUCGACGUGAGGCACACCGGGCCGGGCCUGCUGUCCAUGGCCAACCGCGGCAGAGACACUAACAACUCCCAGUUCUUCAUCACCCUCAAAAAGGCCGAGCACCUGGACUUCAAGCACGUUGCGUUCGGCUUCGUCAGAGACGGCGCGGACGUGGUGAAGCGGAUGGGAGAGCUCGGAUCUAAAAGCGGCAAACCCAGCAGAACCAUCACAGUGGUAGACUGUGGACAGCUGUGAUUCUGCUCUCCGGGCACUUCAGAGGUUCUUUCAUGUUCUGCCUGCGUUUCUGUGGUUCCUCAGCUGUGAAUCCCUCCCGGUCAGGCGUGUCGGAGGGAUGACCAAAGCGGAUCGUUCUGAAGCCUCUUUCUCGUUUGCUGUGUGUCCUAUUUUUGUUGUUUGUUUGUUUGUUGUUUGUUUGUUUGUUUGUUGUUUGUUUAGUUUGUGUGUGAAAGCGCUGCUGAAAUCUUCACUCCGACUCUAACAGGAGUGCUGAGUGUAAAACUGCAGCUUUCUGUCUCUGAUGGUCUGUUUAAUAACUCAGAUGUGAAGAUUGUGAAGGCGAUACUCUUACUCUGAUUUCUUUCAGAUUUCUCAGUCUGCGUAUGUGUGAAACAGACCGCGGUACUGGAAAUAAGCGAGCAGUGUAGCUGAGAGACGCAGCAAAACCAAUUACAUUCUUGACAAAAUUAAGAAUUUAAAUAUUUUUCGUCUUCUAGAUGAUGUAUGUUUAUAUUUUCAGACGUGUCGCGAUAUUUUUUUGAAAAAAGGCCCACCUUAUGAAGUUUGAGUUAUCUGUUAUGUUUACGUCACGUC